AUGGGCGGCCAACAGCCAUACAUGUACGAUGCGGAGAAGCGCAAUUCGUCCCGCUUUCCUCAGUCAGACUUCGAUCCAAAGGCCUUCACCAGAGCCAGCUGGCAGCCGAAGCCUCAGAAACCCAAGCAUGAAGGGCCCCUCGUGUCCUUCAAUCGCCACCCCGACCUCCAUGAGGUCCCCCGGAGCAGGAUCACCUCGUAUCGGCCCAUGAGUGACACGUCAAAGUGGCUCAUCAAAUGGACAAGAUACCUACAGAUCGUCCUCCGGUCUCUCGAGCUCAUCGCUGGCCUUGGUCUCAUGGUCCUCAUGAUCCUCCUUACAAAAGUCGAGCUCAUGACGUCCUGGGUUAUGCGUAUCACUCCUGGUGUCGCUGCCGUCUGCUCCGCGUACGCCAUUUGGCACCAUGGCCGUCCUGCUAGAGCCAGGCCGCCCGCGUCUUCAGCUGCGUACCAGCUGUUUUCUGGCAUUACCGAUUGCGCCGUGCUGCCUCUGUAUGCCUAUGGCAUGCUCGCGGUCAAUAACCACAGCGCCGAAUGGGACACCCUGCUCGCCGACAAGACCUACCUGCGCUACUUCAUCUUGUCCGAGUACUGGACUCUUCUGGGUGCAGGAGCCCUGCACGUCGUGUCCUUGCUCAUUUCGGUGUACUUGGGUCUGAUGUUCAAGAGGAUCGCAAACAUGCCGCCCGAUAUGAACCCGCUUGAGAGCAAUCUGACGUCGCGCAUGCACAAACGCAACAAGUCCUCCGUCACCACCGUUUCUACCGCUUCGGACAGUGUACACCGCUUGUCGACUCCCCUCGAGGGUCACAGGCGCUCGGGCGCUCCGUACGAGACGCUCUCGCGGCCUCCGAGCAUGCCUUUCAUGCAUACACGACAGAACUCUGGAGACUCCUUUGUGUCUUCGAAGCGCGAUUCCCGGUCUGAUCUUCCAAGCCGGCAGUACCAGAUCCCCGCCGCCAACAUGUCUCGUGCCAGUGUCGCCACUUUCACUACGGCAAAGACAACACCUCCUUCCCGAGGCUCUGCUCACCGCGGCACCUACGCUGAAAUCUCGCUGGACGAGACUGGAACCCCCCGCGGCCGUCCGAAGAGCAUGGUCACCGCCAAGCCAUUACCGGAGCAGCCUAUCAACGCCUCACCCACGCGAGUUGCCAAAUUCACGGAGUCCUGGUACGCUACUGAUUCAAUGGUGAACCGUACGCAACAACGCCAGCGCGCGAUGAACGCUGCUGAGCGUGAGCAAGAACGGCAGCAGAACCAUCGCAACCAGGCCUACGAGUCGCUGACCCAGCGAUACGACAAUGUGUUGGGCGACUCCGAUGACGAGAACCUCUCUGACCGUGACCACGACAUGAUGCGGCCGGACCCGAUGGACGAUGUGUCAGAUUACGAGGACGACAACGAGCACUACAGGGGGGCAGGUGGCAGUCCGAUCAACGCGUCGGCGCGCAUGUCUUUGCAUGACCCGGUGCAUCCACUGCGCUCGCACCCAUCGGGCGUGUCUCCCAAGAUUAUCAAUCCUACUACCACGGCGUUUGUCCCCACCACCACCACAACUAUCACCAGCACGCCAACAAAGACACCGCCGCGGCAGAAGACGCCCUUCCGCGCCCUUCGCGACUCAUUCGGCAGUGCCCUUUCUGAGGUCAGCCUCAACUCACGACGGGUCAGCGGCGGACCGACAGCCGGCAGUGGCGGUGACAUUGCGGACGCGAAGAGCUACUCGGCACUUAGCAUAGGCAAGCGAUACUCACAAAAGUUCACCGGCAACGGCAAGGACAAGAGCAUUACUGGCAACCGAAACUCGUCCAUUCAGGCCGACCACGACUUCUUCUCCGCGGCCAAGCCGUACGGUGAGCUCCAGCCGGGAACGCCGCCGGUCAUGCUCAGUGUGGAUAAGAACGGCAGCAACAGUGCCAGCCGACAGGUGUCGAGUGGCAACGACUACGACCUGGGCGGCAGCGGCGCAAGGGCUAGCAGGAGACAUGUCAGCGGCAAGGCUGCAGAGGAGGGCAUGGCCGGGACGGGUGGGAAGGUGCCAUAUUCGCGGUAUAGUGUAUUUAGGGGCUAG